UUCAACACAGCAUGGACUCCGGACUAGAAGCACCUGUAGAUAUUUAACUUAGCCGCAUAGUUCAGUAACAGUACUAGUAGGGAUGCUGAUAUUACCUUGCAUUCCAGUAACGUUACAGACUAAUAUUAGAUAAUAACACUAACAUUUGUACUGUUAAUAGUGUUAUGAAAGUAUGAAAUCAAAAUAUGUGAACAAAAGCUAUCAGUUUUGAGUCUGAUAGCAGGUUUCAUUCUUUCUCUUAACAAUACUUUCCGCCUCCAAAAAAGAAGAAAGGAGGAAAAAAGAGUGGAAAGAAAGGAGGAAAAGGAGGUGCUAUCAUUGAUGGAGUAGCUUUAUCUGAUAUGUCAAAAGAGCAGAUUGAAGAACAUGUGAUGAGACUUAGAGAAGAACUAGACAGAGAAAGAGAAGAAAGGAACUUUUUUCAACUUGAGAGAGAUAAAUUACACACAUUCUGGGAGGUAACAACACAUCAGCUUGAAGAGAAACAAGCAGAAUUACGUGUUAAAGAUAGAGAACUAGAGGAGGCUGAAGAAAGGCAUCAAGUUGAAAUAAAGGUUUAUAAACAGAAGGUGAAGCACCUAAUGUAUGAACAUCAACAGAAUCUUGUUCAGCAACUGUCAGAUAAUUCAACCUUAACCAAGUUAAAAGACGAACAAUACAGACAAGAUGAGAAUGUUUUGAGAGGAGACAAAAGGGACCUGAAAAUGGAGUUGAGAGAGCAAGUGCUUUCUUAUGAAAAUUUAAUCAAAACUCUAAAAUUGAAACAUGCAGAGGAAAUAAGCAACUUGAGACAUGAAUUUGAAUCCAAGUCUAAGGAGAUUGAACAUAAAUAUGAGAAGAAAAUGAAAGUCCUAAGAGAUGAAUUAGAACUUCGCCGUAAAUCUGAAAUUCAUGAUAUAGAAGAGAGAAAAAAUCAACAAAUCAAUAACUUGAUGAAGAACCAUGACAAAGCAUUCAGUGAUAUUAAGAAUUACUACAAUGACAUUACCUUGAACAACCUUGCUCUAAUCAAUACUUUAAAGGAGCAACUUGAAAACAUGAAGAAGAAGGAAGAAAGGUUAGAAAGGCAGAUGCAAGAGAUAACCACUGAAAAUCGUAGAUUGUCAGAACCUCUUCAAAGAGCUAAAGAAGAAGUGCAAGAACUAAAGAGGCAGUUAGUUUCAUAUGAGAAAGAUAAAAUAUCCUUAGCAAAUACCAAAAUUCGCCUUAAAAAGAUGAAUGAAGAUUUUAAAGAAUCAAUGUGGGAGAAAGAAGUUCUUGAACAAAGAUUUAGAAAGGUAGAAGAGGAGAGAGACACACUCUACAAAAAAUUUGUUUCAGCAAUUCAAGAUGUUCAGCAAAAAGCUGGCCUGAAAAAUUUACUUUUGGAAAAAAAACUUUCAUCAAUGGAAGAGCUUCUUGAAAAGAAAGAAACUCAGCUGAGUGAGAUGUUGGCAUCAUCAAACCUAGAACCAACUGCUUUAGCAAUGAUCACAAGGAAGCUUGAGAGGAUACUGAUGCCCAUCAAAUACAGUGAUCCAGGUAAUAAACUUUUAGUGAAGAGUCAUGACCUUCAAACUUUGAAUGAUUUAUCUAUGAAAUGGAUUUACAUAAUUACUCUGUACUAAACAUUUAAAGGAUAAUUAGUGUUUUUUAAAUUGUAGCUUUGAUGUGGCCCA